GAGCAAGUAACGAGUACUAGCCAAUCAGAGGGAGCGUAGGGCGGGUCAUGCCUUCCUUCCAUUCUAGGACAACAAUUUUCCUUCCUGUAGCCCUAUCGUUAGCUUGAUGCUAGGUUAGCAUUAACACUGUUUUACAAGUGUAGCCUGUUUUCUAACAGUUGUCAUGAAUUAACACCGAACCGUCGAACCCUGUUCCGUUUAACGUCUCGUGGCCGGUCGGAGAGGUGUCAGCCAUGUAUGCCUCUGGGAAAUACAGCUCGCGGGGCCCUGCUCUCAUCCCGCGGAUGAAAACCAAGCACCGCAUAUACUACAUAACCCUCUUUUCUGUGGUGCUGCUUGGACUCAUUGCCACCGGGAUGUUUCAGUUCUGGCCCCACUCCAUUGAGUCCGCAGCUGACUGGACCCUUGAUAAACGCAGUGUUCAUGACGCACCUCUGGUCCGCCUGCCUGUCUCCAGUCCCAUUCCUGAGAGGGGGGACCUCAGCUGUCGCAUGCACACCUGUUUUGACGUGUACAGAUGUGGCUACAAUCCUAAAAACAGAAUCAAGGUGUACAUCUACCCUCUGCAGAAGUUUGUGGAUGAAUUGGGGGUUCCUAUCAGCAGCACUGGACUGUCCCGAGAAUACAAUGACCUGCUCAGUGCCAUAUCUGACAGUGACUUUUACACUGACGAUGUCACCAGGGCUUGUCUUUUUAUUCCAUCUAUUGAUGUGCUGAACCAGAACUCCUUGCGUAUCAGAGAGACUGCCCAGGCUCUGACAAUGCUACCCAGAUGGGACAAAGGGAUGAAUCACCUACUUUUCAACAUGUUACCUGGAGGUCCUCCAGACUACAAUACUGCCUUGGAUGUGCCCAGAGACAGAGCGCUGCUGGCUGGAGGUGGUUUCUCUACAUGGACCUACAGACAAGGUUAUGAUGUCAGCAUCCCAGUUUACAGCCCCCUCUCUGCGGAUGUUGAGCUGCCUGAGAGACAGCCAGGGCCACGGCGCUACUUUAUUCUGUCCUCUCAAACUGCUAUCCACCGAGAGUACCGUGCUGAACUGGAGCGCCUGAAGGAAGAAAAUGGAGAAGCUCUGCUCCUCCUGGACAAGUGUAGCAACCUCUCUCAGGGUGUUGCCUCUGCACGUAAACGCUGCUACAAGGGGCAGGUGUAUGACUACCCACAGAUCCUGCAGGAGUCUUCAUUCUGUGUGGUUUUGCGAGGGGCCCGUUUGGGUCAGGCUGCCCUCAGUGAUGUGCUGCAGGCUGGCUGUGUCCCUGUUAUCCUCGCUGACUCCUACAUACUGCCUUUCUCUGAAGUACUUGAUUGGAAAAGGGCAUCAGUGGUUAUUCCAGAGGAGAAGCUAUCAGAGAUGUAUACCAUCCUAAAGAGUAUUCCUCACAGACAAGUUGAAGAGAUGCAAAGACAGGCACGCUGGUUCUGGGAGGCCUACUUCAGCUCCAUGAAGGCUAUUGGCUUGACAACGCUCCAGAUCAUCAAUGACCGCAUCUACCCAUAUGCUGCACGAACUUACGAGCAGUGGAACAAUCCACCUGUGGUGAAGUGGUCCAGUGUGAACAGCCCUCUGUUCUUGCCACUUAUCCCGCCAAGGGCACCUGGUUUCACUGCAGUGGUGCUGACCUACGAUCGGGUUGAGAGUCUUUUCCGCGUCAUCACAGAAAUCUCCAAGGUGCCUAGCUUGGCUAAGCUGCUGGUGGUGUGGAAUAACCAGAACAAGAGUCCUCCUGAGGAGUCUCUAUGGCCAAAGAUCGGUGUUCCUCUCAAAGUCGUGCGAACCAAAGAGAACAAGCUGAGUAACCGCUUCUUCCCCUACGACGAGAUUGAGACAGAAGCUGUGCUAGCGAUUGAUGAUGACAUCAUCAUGCUGACAUCUGAUGAACUGCAGUUUGGUUACGAGGUAUGGAGGGAGUUCCCAGACAGGCUGGUGGGCUACCCAGGCCGGCUGCACCUCUGGGACCAUGAAAUGGGGAAGUGGAAGUACGAGUCGGAGUGGACCAACGAGGUUUCCAUGGUCCUAACUGGAGCCGCUUUCUACCACAAGUACUUCAACUAUUUGUACACAUACAAGAUGCCAGGAGACAUCAAGAACUGGGUGGACGCUCACAUGAACUGUGAAGAUAUUGCCAUGAACUUCCUGGUGGCUAACAUCACGGGCAAAGCCCCCAUAAAGGUGACCCCCAGGAAGAAGUUCAAGUGCCCUGAGUGUACUGCCAUUGAUGGACUGUCCCUGGAUCAGACACACAUGGUGGAAAGAUCUGAGUGCAUCAACAAGUUUGCAUCAGUUUUUGGUACAAUGCCUCUGAAGGUGGUGGAACACCGUGCAGACCCGGUGCUUUAUAAAGACGACUUUCCAGAGAAGCUCAAGAGCUUCCCCAACAUCGGCAGCCUCUGACCAGCCUGUAACAGAUGUUUGGAUCCCGUUACAGCCUCAACACUUAAAACAUAAAAGACGUCAAUAUUCAGACUAAAGUAGUACAUGCUUCUGUCACCGCUCAGUUCAAGUGAAUUGUACUGGACAUUACGUUAAUAUCUUGAAGACUCUGGUGAUGGUGAUGAGUGUGUUUUAGAAUGAUUUGUUUAUUUGGCUUAAAGUGAAAGAUAUUGUCAAAUAUGAAUGAUAACACUAAUGUUGCAUGAACUGCUAUUGGAGGGUCACGCUGAGUCUCGUGUUUUGAUGGAUUGGGGGCUUGUGGUACCUCACUGUUACUGUUUGUGGAGCUGGAAACUGUGAGCUCCAGCUGCUCUGGAAACAGCGUAUACAGUGUAUAUAUUUGUAUUUUGCAGCAGUGCUGUAUAAUAGUCAUAAUUUAUGAUGCCAA